AUGAUGUUGUUUUUGUUUCUCUUUAUCAUCUUUAUGUGGCUUUUGUACACACGUCGUUGCCCAGUUAUGGUCGCACGGCUGUGGUUCUCUCUGUGUCUUGUCCUACUUGCGGUGAUGUGCUUUGCGCUCUGCACUCCUCUCCGCAUUCUCGCCAGUAAAAAAAUUAUUAACAAACGCCGCAGUGAGAGAAUGUCGUGCAGAAUCACCGGGGCUCUGCUCGGCAAGGCGCUUUGGUGGUUAUCUCCGCACAUUCACGUGAGGUUUCUUGAGGGAUCAUUGGAUUGGCGUGCCAUUGAAAACAGAGGUGUCGUAUGUGCAUGUCACACUUCUUUCUUUGACACACUUCUUUUUCUCUGGCUAUGCCCUUUGAGUUUUGUGUCCAACUGCAAGGCGUUUGCGAAAAAGGCGCUGUGGAGGAUGCCAAUCAUGGGGGAAGUUAUUCGUGCGUGCGGUCACCUACCUGUGUACUUUAACUCGACGGAUGUAAAUUCCUUCUCUGUGGACAGGGAAAAGCAGGCAGUGGUAAUGACGGAGGCGGAAGGGUUUGUGGAUGGAGGCGGCGUGAUCUGUUUCUUCCCAGAGGGUGUCCUCAAUCGCACGCCAGAAACACUCAAAGACUUCCGUAUAGGCACCUUUAAUAUUCUCAUGAAGCACAAGCUGCCCAUACACUAUGUGGUGUACUAUGGCUCUCAUGAGGUGUGGGACCCGGUGAUGAAAGGAAUCCCGGGCUUCCCUGCCGACGUGCACUUCUUCAUUGGGAAUUAUGAAUAUGACGCGGGUGCAACCGGCGCGGAUGUAGCCAAAGGUGUGAGAGAAGCGAUGCAAAAACAACUGGAUAGGAUGUUGGCGAAGCGCAAAAAAGAGCAAUACGUGGCACCAAUCAGUAAAUACCUUGCUGCGCACUAG